CGGCCUCAGCCGCACGAUUGUUUCGGGCUUGACCAUUGCGGCGCUGCUUCUCGCCAUUGCUCUGGCCGUUCUGCCGUCGUUUGCGGGCCUAGAUCUACAACUAGUAGCACUGAAGCUCAGGAUUCUGAUAGAGCCGCAGCCGCAGCCUCAGCCGCAGCCACAGGCACAGAUCAAGACACAGAUCGAGACACAGACACCACCAAACAAUCUCGUCCUCGACAGCGACGCCAUGGCUUCCUCCCUGCGCCGGGCUGCCCCCGUCGUCUUCCCCGCGCUCAGCCGGCACACGGCCACGGUCAUCUUCGUCCACGGCCUGGGCGACAGCGGCAACGGCUGGGCGGAUGCCGUGCAGCUGUGGCAGCGGAAGCACCGCCUGGACGAGGUCAAGUUUGUGCUGCCAAAUGCCCGCGUCAUGCCCAUUUCAGUGAAUCAGGGCUUCCCCAUGCCUGCCUGGUUCGACAUCAAAGCUCUCGGUGCCUCAGCCGGCCAGACGCUGGACGGAAAGUCCCGCGACGAAGACGAGCAGGGCAUCCUCGAGUCUCGCGCCUACCUGUACUCACUCAUCCAGCAAGAGGUCUCAGACGGCAUCUCCUCUGAGCGCAUCGUCCUCGGUGGCUUCUCCCAGGGCGGUGCCAUGAGCAUCUUUGCUGGUCUGACGGCUCCCUUCAAGCUUGGCGGCAUCGUUGGCUUGUCGUCGUGGAUGCUUCUGAGCCACAAGUUCAAGGAGUUUAUCCCCGAAUCAAACCCCAACAAGGACACUCCCAUCUUCAUGGGUCAUGGAGAUGCCGACCCUCUGGUCCUCUAUGAAUGGGGCACGGCCACUGAGAAGAAGAUCAAAGAGCUUGGCUUCAACGUGAAGCUCACAACAUAUCCGGGCAUGCAACACUCGGCCUGCAUGGAAGAGUUUGAUGACGUCGAGGCGUUCCUCGUAUCCAGUCUGGCAUCUGGCAAGGCCUAA